CCUGCCUUUUCCCCCUCUCGCUCUUUCUUUUUCUCUCUUUCAUCCUCUGUUUUCCUCAGCGCCUUCUAACUCCCGCUGAACUCUCCAUCGCCAAAAUGCCUGUAAAGUGGACUCCUGAAAAUGACCAGCUGCUCCUCCUGAAGAUCCUGGAGACGCACGACCUCUCCGUCGAUACCAAGAAAGUAGCUGAAGCAUGGCCCGCCACCGUCGCAAAAGACAAACCAACCCCCCGUGCCAUAACCGAACGCCUCGUGCGCAUGCGCCAGAUAGCUCGCGCCUCUGGAAACGCCGGUGGCUUCGCUAUAAAAAGCGCCCCAGCCACGCCCAAGAAAUCGCGUAACACUACUACUCCGACUCCACCAUCCGGCAAGGCCAAAGCCCCAGACUCGAACAAGCGCGCUCGCAUGCAGAAUACUGACAUCACCGAAGAUGAGGACAUGGCUAACGUUGAGACCCCCAGUAAACCGAACAAGAGCGUGAGAAUGGAGUCUGAGUCUAAGGCCAUUAGGCUUGAGCUUGCGGAGUUGGAUGGUGUUCACGUGCCUGCUAAGCGGGUUAGGAAGAGUAGUGCGUUGCCGAUGGGGAUGGUGGAGUAUGAUGGCGAUGGGGAGAAGUGGGAGGAAGAUGAGACUGUUUAUGAUAGUUCUGCUUCGGAGUUUGUGCCGGAGGAUGGUGUUAAGCGGGACGAGGAGAGCUAGUUUGUGUACUUGGUUUUUUAGUUGGAUAAAUGUUGAG